AUGGGGGAGAAUUGUGUGGCGCGAUAUGCGGGGAACAUGCGGCUCGGAUGUUUGCUGCUCACCUCGGCCUUCAGCGCGCUGGCGGAAACGUUGCCCGCUACCUCGGUAGGCGGAGAUGCUGUUCUCUUGACGGAGACUCUUGGCGCGGUGGCGUUCGCGUCUGCUCCACGUUCAAGGACCUUCCCGUCACCACCAGACAGACACGCCAUGUCAACCUAUGCGGCCGUGCCACAUGGCUUCCACUUAGGAUGCCACAUCCCUCUUUUCCAAUCAACCAACGGCUUGUGGGAAGCCCAGCCCGCAGCCAUCAACACCAGCGACUGGGCCGACGCCUGGCCCGCCGAUACCGCUGCCUCAGCGCCUGCCAUUGGAUACGGCUUGGAACUCCCAGGCUGCGGCGCCGCGCCGGUGUCAGAAAUUUCGUCCGGCGAACCGCUCUACGGUGAAAUCAAGUUGAUUGACAAACCGCACGGCGAGCAGUUACAAGCUGACGCGAUGAUCAUCAGGGCGGUUAGCUGCAACGACCACCAGCGCGAUCUGUGCGAUUCAAGAAUCCUCGCCGACCUGCAGGCCGGCGCCGCCCCCGCCGCCGCGCAAAACGAGGGCCCUGCCGACUCCGCCGCCGCAGACGGCCGCGCGAACGCCGACUCGACGGCGACGAAGACGACGGCGACGCGGUCAUUUCCGCUGGCGCUCGCAGGAUACAGUUACGAGAAUCUCAGACGUUCGCUGAGCGACUCGGCGGAGUCGCCUCGUCACCUUCGAGACGGAAUCCAUGGUUUCCGGGAUUUAGGGUUAAACGCGGCGAACCACUCGUUCGAUGCUGGCGACUCGACUCUAGCCUUCCAGUCCGCCGAGAUGAGAUUUAAACUCUCCGGCGCUUAUGAAGCUCUCCGCGCGACACACGCCGCGAAUCUCGCUGGGCUGGAUCCGGCAAUGACUCGUCACUGGCAUCAGUCGCCCGAAUCGGAAACCCCACUGGUAUCAGACGCCCGAAUCGCGGCUGUUCAGCAACCGGCGACUGCGGCGCGGCUGGGAGUUGAAUCUGAAUCGCCGCGCCUGUGGCGCGACAGCGUGCAGCAGGCUGGCGCGCCUGACGCGCCUAACGUUGCUGCUACCGGCGGUGUUAACGAGAACGCUCCUUCUAACGCGGCCGACGAUGCUGGUGCUGGAAUCCCGGCGUGUGCUGGAGCUGGCGCUGCAGUCAGUCGUCACGGCGGCGGUUCAGGGCUGACACUCGCAGGGCUGCUGAAGCAGAUGAAGCGACGCAGAAGGCACGUGGGUGCGAGUGGUAACAUGAUCGACGACACUAGGCCUGCAUCAACCACUGACAAGUCGCAAUAUCCGGAGGCGCUGUGCAAAAUCGUUUCGUUCCGGGACACGGCGAGCAAGAAUAGCAGCUCUGGCAGCAGCAGCACAGCUGCUGAGGACGAGGGCGGCAGCAGCACCGGCGGCAUGGCGGACUGCGGCCAAGCGUCCUCGCCUCUCUCGGGAAGCGAGGCUGCCCCUCUAGCACAGGCGUUGCGCGAAACUGCUCUUGACGAACCCGAAUCCCAUGCUUUCGCCAAAGCAGUAACCCAUGCAGUAACCACUCCGAAUCCCGCGGCGAUGGUAACCGCGGUGAUGAGAACCCGAGUUGUCUCUGCAGCGGAAACAACUGUCACUCUUGUCCCUGCCAUGCCAGCCGGGAGCGAGGGCCCUAGCUCUCCAGAGAGCAUUCGGCGCAAAGCUGUGUUGGCCGCGCUUCUUCAAUCGUCACUGGCGAAGCGAAGGGGUGAGGGCAGUGGUGUUGUGGUGGGGCCAGAGAGUUCAAGUCCCCUGGUGGGAUUUGCUGAAGGAGGCGUGGCGGUGGAGUCUACUCAGUGUUCCAACCAGCCGACUGAAGUGACAUCCUCAUUAGUAUCGAGCAACCCACAGAUCCUUACUGGCAACGCCAUGCGCCUUCGAUUGCCAACAUCGGAACUGACGAGAGCUGCUUCACCCUCUACAGUGCUGUCAGCUUCUGCUGCAGAGCAGCCGGAGGAAUCUUCCAAGCCGAGAGGGUCGGAAGCUUCCAAGGUGGGGGAGAGAGAAAUAAGGGAGAUACGCGAGAAGGGUAACAAGAGGGCGAAACUCAUUGCUCGGAGGAUGCAUGCUCCUCACACGGGACUAAGGCGAGUGGGGCCAAUUGAGGAGUACCUGCAGGCAAGGAGCAAUGCCCAUCCCACGCCUGCCAACCGAGCCACUCCUUCUGGCCCGGAAGCUGCCGCUCCUGCAGCUGCCGGCUCGGAUAGAGCUGCUACUCACCACACGAUUGCUGCUGGGAGCACGAACCCGAGCGAUCCAAACUACAGAUCGCACAACUACGGAAACAAGGUUAUUGCUCCGAAAGGGGAAGCUCCUUUUCUAAGGAAGUACUAUCGCUGCAGUUUACACUCGGCUGGAGGCUGUCGGGCAACGAGAACCAUUGAUGUUGUGGAUGGGCAGCCGGAGAAAAUAACGUUCCAGGGCAUGCACAACCAUUCACCACCUGUGAGGAGAGCAAAGAGGGGUCGGAGACAGAGCCUGUGA